UGCACAUUACAGAUCUUGGAAUGUAAAAACAGCAGUAACAACCACAUUUUUACUGCAACAAUAGUGAACUUUUAUAUUUCUAAAUUACUAAAUGAUUCGAUUUUAUUUUAAUUUAAUUUAUUCAUACAAUUGAAAUAGUGUAUCGCAGCAGAAGUUUAACAAGGUUACAGAAAAUUUGUGAAAAAAACUGGAUGUAGCAGUCUCACAAAAUCAAUUUCUAAAAUCGUCAAUAGCCAAAGCGAGAGAGAGAAAAGAAGGAAAUAAAUUCGAAAAAAAUCGUAGAUUUCUAAAUAUUUAUCUACACAUCGAUAUACACAACGGAACCCGGGGUUCUUACAAUUAGUACGACGUAAUAAAAGAAAGUAUUACCAAAAUUGGUGAAAAUUUGAAUGAAAUAAAGUAAAAGCAGAAUGGAGAAGACAACUUAUUAUGUCAAAAAGGUUAUUCAAGUCCCAGAUGGAAAUGGGAGACUUGUAGAACAUGAAAUUUUCAUAAGUGUCCCCUAUGAGGACGUAAUUCGAGAAAUUGGCGACUAUGUGACACCCAGAAUUCGGGGACAAAAAGUGGCACAAAUAUGCGCCGAAGACGACUCCGAAGAAAAUUCUGAGGAACUUGAAUCGGACAAUGGUAUCGCAAAAAUCGCAGCAAUUACGACCGGGGCUGGCGUAGCGGCGGGCGUGGUGGUCCGCACCGUGGCGACGGCAGCCCUGACCUCGGCGGGAUUUACGAGCGCGGGAAUUGCGGCGGGCUCAAUGGCGGCGGGGAUUCAGUCGGGAAUCGGAAGCGUGGCGGCGGGGUCGUUAUUCGCCUCCCUCCAGUCGACCGGGGCGCUUGGGGGGUUCGCGAUUUUGGGGCCGGUGGGGUUUGCUUCCGCGGUCUUGGUGGCGGCCGGCGUUGGAACGGGGCUCGUGAUACGGAAGGUGAUGAAGGAUAACGAAUUGGCAAGAAGGAGACGUUGAAAAGAAAAUUCAAAUUAUGAAAGUAAUUAGUUGAAGCAGUUAAUAAAUCUUGGUUUAAAGAAAAAAAAUUUAUAAUGAAUUUUGUGAUCGCGUUAAAAGUAAAAUUAUGAAAUUAAUUAAGUGAAAAAGUUGAUAAAUCUUGGUGUAAAGAAAAAUUUUGGUUUAAAGACAAACUUUUCACGAUGCAUUUUGUAUUUUGAUAUGACGUUAAAAGUAAAAUUAUGAAAUUAAUUGAUAGAAAAAGUUAAUAAAUUUUGGUUUAAAGAGAAUUUUUUCACGAUGCAUUUCGUGCUUUGAUAUGGCCUUACAGAUCAUAUCAUUUCGCAAAUUGGAGCUGGUUUAAAGUUUAACAUAUGUACAUACGUUGCUUAUAAGAUUUGUAUCCAUGAAAAAAUGCUGUGCUUAAUAAAAAAUAAAAUUCAAUGUUUCUCUGACAAGAAAA